UUUAUUAUUCUCCACUUCUCGCUGCUUGUCCACUCAUCAGUCAUCGCACUUCGCAGUUCAUCGCACAUUCACACUUUAUUGUCUCCUCAUGUUAUCAGUGGCUUAUCAUUUUCACAAAUACACAGCAAAAUCAACAUGAACAGGAUACCACCACCAAAUGAUUAUCAGGAGCCUCGCAAAAAAAUUGCGAGGACAACUCCAGUCAAGGAGACUUCAUUGUUAAAGAAAAACACUACGAACCAAACAUCAAAAGUAACUCGGAAGGCUCCAAUGGAUCUCAAAGUGUACGGCUUUCUUGACCAUACCAAUAUUAACAUCAUGACACAAAAGGCAGCUGGACGUGACUACCAUUUCCCCGACGGGAUUGACGACACUUGUGCAAGGGUCGUCCCUAGCAAAGUUUUUGACUUUCUAAAAGCCCAUCACAUGAAGCCCGAAAAUGUACAACAAGGUCGAGGUGACCUGGAGCACUUGUACUGCUACACAUCUGAUUCAACCGUUGCUGGAUACGACAACAUUGGUGGUAGAAACAUCAAGCCCAGAGUAUUUCGCAGCAGUGGGUGGUCAAAAAGGGAGAAGAUUGUGGACACCUACAUGGUGGCUGAUGCCAUUGAAACCAUGUUUCUGAAAAAACCAUCUUCCAUUGCUGAAAUCAAUUUGAAUUCAAAUCCUCAGCCCGUAGGAAUCAUCAGUUUGUGGACUGGGGACAAUGACAUCCUAUGUCCCGUCAUUGACAAAGCGCUCGAUCAUAACUGGAAAGUAGAAAUUUGGUCGUUCAAAGGUUCCAUUAGUCCUGAAAUUGUGGGAAAAUAUCCGAGCGUCUCAAUUCGGGAAUUGGACACCAUUUUCAAAGAUAUCAGUGAGCGGAAGACUGGCUGGAAAUCAAUUGCGGAUAAAAUUCCCCCUAAAAAUGGAUCCUUCAAACUUCAAUUUGAAUCAGAAUCUCAAGAGUUAGAGUUUGCAAAAGACCAUUGGAAAGAAAUAGUAGAAUGCCUCACACGUCGGGUUGACCUUCCACUGCAGGCUUGGUGUCAAUGGAAGGAGGCGACCAUGUUCUUGAUCCUUGCCGUUCCAGGGAGGGACCUCCACAAUUACAUGAAAGUCAUCUGGGAUCGGAAGCAAGGACUUGAAUGUGAAGUUCACACCUACAUGAGGAAGUUCAGAUUGGAUUCAACUUGUAGGGUUGUCAUCGAGGGGAGCUACCCACAAGAAUCAGAGAGCAUGGUACGUCCUGCUGGUGGAUUGCAACAUGUUCCGGGAUAUCGAGGCGGGGGUAGUACCUAUGUCCACAACAGUACUUAUCAACCAAGGCAAAAUGAUGGUCGUGGUAGAUAUCGGGGUCGUGCUGGCUAUCAAAACCCACGUGGUGCUCGUGGUGCUCAAGAUCGUAGCCAUCUUGGAAGUCGAUUACCUGGAAGUUCCAAUUCCGAACAGAACUCUGAAUUAUAAUGGCUAGUUAUUGUAGCAGAAAUUGAUUUUUUUAAUUACAUGCAUGUAAAUGAAUUACAGGAGGGAAAUAGUAAUGAAUUGUCAUUUCUGUUCAGGUUGAAACUUUGAAUAAAUUAUUUAUAAUUUGCAUAUUGUA